AUGCUUGGCAGUAUUGACCGUAUGUAUUGGAGAUGGGAAAAUUGCUCUAUUGCAUGGCACGGGCAGUAUACUCUUCGUGGUCACGAAUAUGCCACCAUAAUGCUCAAGGCAGCUGCAUCAUGUGAGACAUGCUUUUUUGGAGUUGUCGGGUUGAACAAUGACAUCAACGUCAUAGAUCAGUCAUUGAUAUUCAAUGACGUCUUAAAAGGCUUUCAACCGCCUUGCAAUUUUACAGUGAAUGAUCAGAUGAAAUACAACCAUGGAUACUAUCUUGUAGAUGAAAUUUACCAGAAAUUGAUCACUUUUGUUAAAAGGUUCUCGCAUCGACAAGGCAAAAAAAUAAAAUUAUUAAAAAAGAAACACGAGUCAGCAAAAAAUGAUGUGGAAAUGGCGUUUUGUGUCCUCCAGACUCAACUCAAUGGCACGUUAUACAAGGACCAACAAAGAUUUGGAGCCCAAGAGCUAUAA